AAUCUUUGCAAGCUAGGUAGCUAUCUAGCGGCUAACGCGCCCCGUCAGUUAUUUUGGUUGUUUUAAUUAUACAGUUUCAUUUAAAAAUUGAUUAGGGCAAACAAAACUCUAACUGCAUUGUUGAAAUAAUUUUGUUUUAUAUACUGUUAAUAAUUUGCCGUGCAGGAGGUUGUGCGUUGGUUAGCUACCUGAUAGCAGUUUUAGCAGUUUUUUCAGUAACUAUGGCAAGUGCAGCAAAUACAAACCUGAACGCAGUCCGGGAAACGAUGGAUGUCCUGCUUGAGAUCUCGAGGUUGCUGAACACCGGUUUGGACAUGGAGUCUCUGUCCAUCUGUGUGCGACUGUGUGAGCAAGGCAUAAACCCCGAAGCUCUGUCCGCAGUCAUCAAAGAGCUGCGUAAGGCUUCCGAGACCCUCAAGGUUUCUGAGAACUGCACAAACUGAGGAUGAAAGAAAAAGAUCUCAUCACCCAAAUUUGGGAUUAUGGACUGUUCCCGAGUCUGAGAUUGGUUUGUUUUGGCACAUUGUCAUCUCCUCCGAUUCUGCACUAUGAUGCUUGGGGUUUUUAUAUAAAGAGGCAUCAGCCUCUGUCUGCUGUGUUACUGGGCCUCUGCUGAAAUGAGAUCAUCUGUCUCUCAAUCUGAGGUGUCUUACACUUGGCAGGAACACCCAGCCUUGAUUCAAGAAAAAAAAACAAAAAUUUAUUUCCCAUCAACUUUUGUUGCAGUUUUCAUGUGCAAAUUUUCACUUAUUUUUGUCACAUAUGUAUGAAUAUUCAUGUAUUGUUAGAUGUUGCACUUGUAUAUUUAUUUCACUGAAACAAUAUCCUUUCAACAUUUUCAA